CUGAUUUGCCAUCAUCGAGCAUCACUCUGCACAAUACUCUGUCUACUCAUAUUCAACAACACAACUAUUUGAUAAUUUUGAUCACAGUACAUGUAUAGUAAAAGCAAACUAUGGAUUCAUAUAAAACAUUGUCCUAAAUGCAUAUGCCUUUAUAACCUAUCGUUUAUUAUUUGGUGCAGAUAUAGGAUGGGAAGAUCUUUCAAAGUAUAAGUAUACACAUUAUCAAACUCAAACUAUCCACGCAUCUUGGAAAGUUUAGCAUUAACAAGAAGAAAAGGUGAGCGACGCUAUAUUAGUGUUAUUGUGCCAGAGCACAACCAGGUGGAUCAUUGUGUCUUGACAUAUAAGGCAGUGCUGGCAUGUGAAAGUUUGAUUCCUAACUUUCAAAAUUAAUUUCUACUUAUUAUAGUUCAUUCAUUGAAGCUUGCUUGAAGUAAGUAUUUGACCCCUUAUUAUAAUAUAAGCAAUCUUUUUGAUUAUGACAAAUACCACUUAUAUACCUUCAAGUUUGUUGUUUUCGUCAAGAUAAUGACCACGCUGAGAUGUCUAACAGUCUAAUGCUGGCGGAGCAAGCAUCAAAACGGGGAGCCAAAAUUUUGAUGCCAACUUUCAAUGAUGUUAGUGAAGAAUUUGCAAUGUGAAGAUGGUGUCUGUGUUAUGCUUACAGGGAGAGUUGAAGCUGGUGGCAGGGAGAUUGAGCGACCAUAAACCAACUGCAUUUUCCCAUACAAUGGCGAGGAUACUGCAGGUAUACUUGAAGUUUCAUGACUACUGCUCACCAGCAGUAGUAACCGGAAAAAACCAGCAGAUCACUCUACAUAGCUGCCGAACAGAAUUUCUUUUCCCAUUUGCAGAAAACCAGAAACUAGCACCAGAACAAUCCAGACAGACCUCCAGGAUCACAUGCACAAAGGAUCAUCACAGCAGGGUUCCAGAACAGGGCAGUCAAACUGUCCGGCCUGAAUACAAACACCAGAGUUUGUAAGCACUGAUCAGGCGUGCAGCUUGGUCUUGCUUCUCUACAUAGUAAGUGUGAUAACUAGGAACUGAAAGGCGGAUUCCUGAUGAAGAU